AUGGGCAAGGCUUUGGGUCUGUCUGGGGAGAGAGCUUGGACCCUGGUAUCCACCCCAGUCCCAACCCUACCAGCUGGCCAGCGGGCAGGCAGCAUUGAGCCGGACCUGGGCCUGGCCUGCCCUCUCUGGGUCUCCCCAGGGGGUCUCCCCCCCACUGGUGGGCGGUCCUUUGUAGCCAGGGCUGGGGGUGGGGGCUGGUUCUUUCCUCUCUGGGGGGGGCGGGCCCAGGGCUGCCUGAGGCUCCUACAGCCCCCAGGGGGCCAGGGCAGGGGUCAGGGGGCGGGCCUGUGGGGGAGGGUUGAGCUGCUGCCUGAGCUGCUUCUCCUGCAGGACUGGGGCUCCUUAGAUGCUUGCCUGCAGGCCACACUGUCUGCUCUGUACCCACCCUUCGGGCCCUCAGCAGGGGUGCUGCUGGGCCAGGUGCUGGCUGUGAUUGAGAGGGCCUACGGGGGUGACGGGCUGCGCUAUCUGCUGGACUUCCUGCUGCCUGCCCGCCACAUACUGCACUGUGUCCAGCUGCAUGCCUGUGGUCAGUACCCGGGGCGCCUCUUUGCCCAUGCCGGCUGGCCCCUGUGCCUAGGGGAGCACGUGGUGGUGCACCUGGCCUCCCUGGACUGGCGUCUGCUGGAGCCGGGGGACUUCUACCUGCAGCUGGUGCCCUUCCUGAGGCGCCAGCCCCGCCUGGUGCUCACCUGCCUGGCCCCUGGAGGUCACGGUGCCCAGCAGCUGCCCUUGCCAGAGGCCAGCUAUUCGGCGAUCUUCACACCCCGCUGGCUGGACGCCUUCAACGCUAGCCAGGCGCCCGGCCCGUGGGCCCUGGGCUCCUGCCUCCUGGUGGCCCCUGGGGGACGCGUCCUGAGGGUGCCCUGGGAGCAGGUCCUGAGGCCUUGCUUCUUGGAUGAGCCGGGGGUUGAGGGUCCCCCCAGAGCCAUCAUGGCUUCGCCAGGACCCUCCAUGUUGCCAGGCUCACGGGAUGAUUCUGGCAAAGACACCCCGGAGAGCCUGGACCCUCCUGGCAUUCAGCAGUGCCCUGCGGGGUGUGAAGAGGAUGCUGAAGUGCCAGCCUCCCCCAGCAGCUCUGAUGGAGAGGAAGACAGUCUAGACCCCGUGGUGGCCCAAGCCCAUGCCACCGACUGGAGGUAUGCCGUGUGCAGCUACGAGGAAGGCCCGGAGCCUCCAGAGGCUGAGGCUGAGGCCUCCACCCCGCCUGGCCCUCCCCCAGGGGCCGUGGACCCACAGCUCUCUGCCCGAACACCCCUGCCAGAUGGGCAGAGUGGGGAGGAAGGGACCGCUGGGGCCCAACCAGAAGAAGCCGAACCCUGUGGCAGCGAGAGCCCCCCAUCUCCCAGGCCAGUCCAGGAGGAAGGGCAGGGCCGGGGACCCCUGAGACCAGGCCCUGGGUGCCCCCCGCUCUCCAAUCCUGAGGAUGCCCUGGAGAGGAGGGAGCCCAGGAACGCGGAGAAGGCCACAGGCCUGAAGUCACCUGGAGCAAACAUCUUGGGAAUGGACGGAACAGAAAAGCUCUCCUCGGGUGAUCCUGAACAGUGUCCGGCCCUGCCUGUGCCCGUGAUGCCCACCACCGCCCAGGACUUGUGCCCCCAGCUGCUGGCCAGUGGCCUAGCUGUGCUGCCUGGAACCAGGGACUCUGAGGGCCGAGCAGUGCUGUUGGUCUUUGCCCACCAUCCUGCCUGGCACGGUCCUCACUGCGGCACCCAGGAGCUCGCAGGCCUGUUCCUUUAUUUGCGCAGCAUUCCCAGCCCCGAGGUGCAGGCCCUGGGACUGACUGUGCUGGUGGACGCCCGGCACUGCCCGCCCAGUCCCCACCUCUUCCUGGGGCUUGGCGAGAUGCAGAAGGCUGUCCCGGGCUCCGUGCACCAGGUCCUUCUGCUGGGGAAGAUGUCGGGGGCUCCACCUCCAGGACUAAAGCUGGAGCUGCUGUCCUCUCGUCAGGCUCUUCUCGCCUUCAUCCCCAACUCCCAGCUGCCCCUGACUCUGGAAGGCUGCCUCCCCUACAGCCACAGUGCUUGGCUGGAUUUCCGAAAGCGGCUGGAAGCCUUGCAGCGGAGUUGCCUGGAGGCCUGCGCCCUGCUUCGGGCGGCCAUCGAGAGUGUGGAAGCUGCCCCUGAGCCAGAGGGGCCUGGGGGAGCCGGGCAGCUGCUGCAGGACCCACAGGAACUGAUGAAGCGGGUGCUGAAUGACCCUCAGCUGACCCAGCUGCAACGAGAGGGUGGCACGGCAUUGGCACAACUACAGUGGGAAGAUCCAGGAGUUGUUCAGAGCCCAGACUACAGGCUGGCAGUGGCCGAGGCAGGGAAGCUGUAUGCUCAGGUAGACGGGCUGCUGCACCAGCUGGUUACUCUCUGCAACCAACGAAUGCGGGCACUCGAGCUGGGAAAGACGGUGGAGGCCCAGGCAGGAACACUGGCCGAGAUCCAGGCCUGGCUGCAGAAGGUAGGCUGGCCAGGGCUGAAAGGGCCCGAGGAACCUUCGCUGGACAUGCUGCUUGAGGCUCGGGAUGCCUUCUGGGAGCUGGACCGGGUUGGCCAGGAGCACGUCCGGCAGGCCGAGGGGAUUCUAGCUGGCUGGGAAGCGGAGGAGCUGGGCCGGCUGGGCGCGCGGGGAGCCCGCCUCCUCUCCUUGCAGACGCUGCUGUCGGAGUUCUCGGGGGCGCUGGCCCACCGCCGUCGGCAGCUCAUGGAUGCCCAGCAGCUCUCUCACCUGCUGGAUCAGGCCCUGGCAUGGGCACAGGACCGGCAGAAAGCGCUGGCCAGGCUGGCCGAGGAGAAACGCGCCUCCCCAGAGGCGGUGCUACAUUACCUGCAGCAGCACCGGGCUCUGCACCCUGACCUGGCGCCGUCCCACUUUCAAGAGAUGCGGGCCCUGGCGGCGGGGCUGGGCUCCAAUCUCGCCACCCAGCAGUGCCACCUCGUGUGGAUCCAGUGCCAAGACGCCCAGCUGGCUUUGGAUAGGAAGCUGGAGGCUGCGCUCAGGGCACGGCAAGUGCUGCCCGCCUUGGCCAAGGGCUGGGAGUGCCCCCGGGGUGGCGGCAGCAGCAGCAGCAGCUCCUCGGACCAGGCCUCCCUGGCGUCCGGCAGAGAGACCGAGGAGCGGGCGAGAAGCCUCAUUUCCUCGGGGCCCGCCCCCUCCCGCACCCUGAACAGGGCACGCGCUUUCAAGCCAGGGGCGAAGCAGAGCCUGAGGAGCUCCGUGGGCCAGCUCAGCCUGGGGGAGCCUUCGCCCUUGCCCUCGGCCUCCCCCCGCAGCCCCUCGGGCACGUUCACGGAGGCUCCCUUCCAGAGGUGCCUGGGCGCCCUGCACGCAUUGCCCAGCCAUCCCACGCUGGAGGCCAGCCCCCAGAACAGGCUGCGCCUGGUACUGGGAGAGAUGGUGGCGACGGAGCGGGAGUACGUGCGGGCCUUGAACUACGUCGUGGAGAGCUACUUCCCCGAGCUGGAGCGGGCGGACGUGCCCCAGGUCCUGCGGGGGCAGCGGGCCCAGCUCUUUGGCAACCUGGAGAAACUGUGGGACUUCCACCGUCACUUUUUCCUGCGGGAGCUGGAGAGCUGCAGCCAGCACCCCCUACGAGUUGCCCACGCCUUCCUGCGUCACAGGGAGCAGUUUGGGCUGUACGCCCUCUACAGCAAGAACAAGCCCAGGUCCGACAUGCUGCUGGCCAGUCACGGGAACGCCUUCUUCAAGGAUAAGCAGCGGCAGCUGGGCGACCACCUGGACUUGGCUUCCUACCUGCUGAAGCCCAUUCAGCGGAUGAGCAAGUACGCCCUGCUGCUCCAAGAACUGUCCCAGACCUGCGAGGAGGGGCCGGGCCCCAGCUGGGCCCGAGAGCCCGACCUGGCCGCCCUGCGCGCCGCCCGGGACCUCGUUCGAUUCCAGCUGCGGCACGGCAAUGACCUGUUGGCCAUGGAUGCCAUCCGCGGCUGUGACGUGAACCUCAAGGAGCAGGGCCAGCUGGUCCGCCAGGACGAGUUCACGGUGUGGUCGGGGAGGAAGAAGUGCCGCCGGCAGGUCUUCCUCUUCGAGGAGCUCGUCCUCUUCAGCAAGGCUCGGCACAGGCCGCAGGGCACCGCCUCCUUCAUCUACAAGCAGUCCUUUAAGACGUCCGACAUAGGACUCACCGAGAACUGCGGAGACAGCGGCCUGCGCUUCGAGAUCUGGUUCCGGCGCCGCAAGGCGGGCGACACGUUUGUGCUACAGGCCACCACCCAGGAGAACAAGCGGGCCUGGACAGCUGACAUCGCCAGCCUGCUCUGGAGACAGGCCGCCCGCAACAAGGAGCUCCGAAUGGCCGAGAUGGUAUCCAUGGGUGUGGGAAACAAGCCCUUCCUGGACAUCGCCCCUAGUGAAGCAGCCAUCAGUGACCGCGCCAUCAACUAUAUCAUGAAGGGCCGAGGAGCUCGGACUCGGGCCUCCAUUGCAGUGUCCCUAUUUGACCACACCAACCCCUACCCUGGGCCUCCGGCAUCACUUCCUACGGGUCCCUCUUCCUGCUCCUUGCUGGGACCCCUUAAUCUGCACCUGUGUGGGGACCCAACUCGACUGGGACUCCAUUGGCCCUUGCAUCGCACCUCUUACCCAGAGGAGGAUCUGGAUCCAGAGACUGAAACAGGAAGCCAGCCUUCACUGACUCCUGAGAGCUCCGAGGCCUCAUCCCAAUGUCCAUCGGCUAGUUCAAGCAGCUCCGAGAGUGACUGUGUCCCUGGUUUGCCCCUGGCCAGUAGCUGUGAGGACCAGUCCAUGGUGCCCCAGGAAGACAAAGCCCACUGUGGCCAGAGUCAGUCCAUAUCCUUGGAAAAGAAAGUUGGAUGACCCUGUGAAUCUGGGAAGAUGGUGGUGGGUUAGGGUGGACAACAGUAGGUUUGCAGCACUUUGGGAGGGAAUGGUGGGGCCAGCAUGAAGCUGAUGUCUUCAGCCCAUCCCACCCCAAGCCUGAUGUAACUUCCCCACCAUACCGGCCAGCUCUCUUCCUCCUAGGCCUGAGCUCACCAGGAUUCUAUCCUAACCUUCAUCCCUAGAUCCAUGUUAUGAUUUGACUUGAUGGCUUUUUUGAACUGUUUCUAAUAAAAGUUUAUUGGAAAUAA